UGUCUCAUCACAAAAAGAAGGAGAUCAGUAUCGAGAAGUUAUAUCAACAUAUAAAUUCAGUACAAAAAUCAAUAGUAUAACCGUGGGCCUUAGAAUCAAGAUGGGAAUCAUUUUAAGAGGAGAUAAUACAACCUUUUCUUUUCCUAUACGAAAUGGAAUUAAUCAUAUAAAAAUUGAAGAUUUACCAAUAUGUGAAAAUGUUAAACUACAGUAUCAGCCAAUUGUAGAUGCUUUAAAUAUAGUUGAAGAAUUUGAGCCAAUAU